UAUGUUUGGUCACACAGAGAGCUCUCCGCCCGGCCAUCGUCUGAGUGAGCGCUUCCGGAAUAAUUCACUUCAUUCCAUCUCCACCGCCGAACAGUCGCCAAAUUCUCCCAGCUGACGAGUGGACAAGCACAGCCCAACACCCUUCCCAAAGCUGCUCCUGGCGGCUUACUGCGUCAGGAAACAGAGGGUUAAAGCCUGCCACCUUGAGCACACAUCCGAGACAGAAACAUGGUCCGCAAAGGAAGCCCCAAAGUUCGGACUGGAUGCAUCACCUGCAAAGCCCGCAAAGUCAAGUGCGACGAGGCUAAGCCGAUAUGCAAUCGCUGCACCAGUACAGGCAGGCGCUGCGAUGGCUACAGACCCGCUCGUCAAGGAACCAUAUCCCUACACCAGCCAAAUCAAGUCUUCCCGGGAGUCACCAAGGUCAGCGAAGGUCGAGCUUUACAGUACUUUUGUGAGAUAGCGGGACCAGUCAUGUCAGGAGCCGUGGAUCCGUAUUUCUGGACACACGUCGUCAUGCAGUUCAGUAACUUCGAGCCGGCCGUCAGACACGCCGUCAUUUCCAUCAGCAGUCUCUAUGAAGAGGCUCAGGAAAAUUUUGAGGCUACUGCCACCGUACGGCACAGCAAUCAAAAUUUGGCCCUACACCACUACAAUGCCGCUAUUCACGAGUUGAGGGUCAUGGACUCUCAAGAAAAGCAGCCCAUAAUCUUACUUGUUUGCGUUCUCUUCAUCUGCGUAGAGAUCAUGGGCGCCAACAGGAAAGCAGCACUGCAGCACAGCAGGCAUGGUGUCGAGAUAUUGAAGAGCAUCUCUCCCGACUACAUGUUCUCGUGGACCAUGGAGCACCUCCUACCGAUAUUCCGGCGGCUUAGCGAGUUCGCUCUCUUCUUCGGUGAAGAAGAGUCGGAUUUCCCUGACAUAAGGGCUCUAGAGGGGCCAAUGCCACAAUUCUUCCUCACAUUCUCAGACGCACAGCUGAUGCUCGAUGUCCUCUUUAAUCGAACAGCAGAGUUCAUGCGCUCCCAGCGCAAUUCGCAACGAGCCGCUUCAAAAUCACCUGGACCCGAUGAAACGGGGACACCGCCCUCGAGUCUUCUCUCUGAGCAUGCCGCCAUCAACGCUCUCCUAGAACAGUGGUUCAAGCUCUACAACGACUUCAUGGCCAUCAAACCCAAGGAAGCACCUACACAAAGCAUUCAAAACAGCAGGUCAGACUCGGAUCGGCCCAAGAUGCUGCAAUGCUUUCUCUUGACUCGUUAUGAGUGCUGUUGCAUAUGGCUCAACAUGGCAUUCGAUACAAGCGAAGCCGGCUAUGAUAGAUACAUCACCAACUUCCGGAGGAUUCUAAAGCGGCUCCUCUGGCUGGAAGCCGAGGUCCCAGAUCCUUUACGUUUCAACACUUCAAAACAUCCACACUUCAUCUUCGAGGCUGGCUUUGGCGCCAUGCUGUUCUUUCUCGUCUCAUCUUGUCGUGAAUUAGAAACGCGACUAGAAUUCUUACGGCUAAUGCCAGUGCUGGGUCUCCCGCGGGAAAAUCUGUGGGAAGCAGACGUCCUAGUUGCGGCUGCAAGGAAAAUCAUUGAGCUCGAGCACGACAUCAAAUUGGAUACAAAGGGGCGGCCUAUGUCUUCUCCAUCUUUGCAGAUGGAUGAUCAAGGUGUGUCUCAUCGGACGAUACAGGUUGUGAGGCGAGAUUCCAAGGGCCAGACCUAUCUACAGUCUGAGAAUCUUGUCGUGAAUGGUAGGAUGACUGGGUAGCGUGCUGGCAAGGGAACUCAGAUCGUUACAAAACUCAACACUUUGGUAUGAAAUCCAACAUGUGUCGGCUUUGCCGGCUAAGCGGCUUCCUCUGUGUCCGGGUUUGAGCCUCGACU